UAGGGGAAAAUAUUUACCUGAUGUAGGCUACAUCCACCAUUCUUUAAUGGUAUAUCCAUCUCCAAUAAAUUGCAUUGCAAAAAAUCAUACACAUUAUGUAUAAAAAGGGGGAAAAAUCUAAUUGAUCAAGAUUGUCAAAUAUGUGUUUCCCAAAGUCCAUGGACUAUUGCAACUGCAUGUAUCCUCCUUGCUGCAAGAUUUCGAAAUUAGUUAUUGUUCAAUCAGAGUGAAAUCUGAACACGGCUCAGGUAAGUGAUGGUUCUGCGCUUUGAACCUGAGUGAUGGACUUGGCUUUGGGUUUAACCAAUAUAAAACGGCUGGGGAAACUGAGCUAGGUUACUGGUGCACUCAGAGGAUCCAUCAAGUUCUACCCGAAUGAACUACAGUAACCUUGCCAUCGCGUUUCUUCCGUUUUGUUUCUCCCAAAUCUACAGCGGCGUUCAGCGAAUCACCCCAUCACUGGCUGAGACUAGGAGUCCUGCCUCUUUUCUCAUUGGACUGAACAGCCCAGAGAAGCUGUCAGCCCAUGUGGCGUGGCCGCGGAGUGCAUGUCAGACAUUUCCAUGAAACAGAGAAAGGGAAUAAUAGAAGCGAGAUAAAUUAGAAGGGAACGGCAGCAGGGACACACAGGCAAGCGCGCUCUCACCGACGGAAAAUAAGGCAUUAUCGAGGAACAUUUUACUAACCGUUUCCUGACUAACAUUUCGCACUCCCUUUGGUGGUUUCUACGGAUAUUAAAACACCUAACUACAAUAACCCUUCCUUCCCAGGAUGGAGGAGAUUGUUGUAGCAGGGAUAUCGGGCCGGCUUCCUGAGUCGGACAACCUGGAGGAAUUCUGGGAGAACCUCUUCAAUGGGGUUGACAUGGUAACAGAAGAUGACCGACGGUGGAAGCCAGGUCUGUACGGUCUUCCCAAGAGGAACGGAAAGCUGAAGGAUAUCAGCCGGUUCGAUGCUGCGUUCUUCGGGGUCCAUCCCAAACAGGCCCACACCAUGGACCCUCAGCUCCGACUCAUGCUGGAGAUCGCCUACGAAGCCAUUGUAGACGGAGGUCUGAACCCGACAGAGCUGCGGGGCAGCAGGACAGGUGUUUACAUUGGGGUGAGCGGCUCGGAGGCGGGCGAGGCCUUCAGCAGAGACCCUGAGGAGUUGCUAGGAUACAGCAUGACGGGCUGCCAGCGUGCCAUGUUCGCCAACCGACUGUCCUACUUCUUCGACUUCAACGGCCCCAGCACAGCCAUCGACACGGCCUGCUCCUCUAGCCUAUUGGCUUUGGAGAACGCCUUCAACGCCAUUCGCCAUGGACAAUGUGACUCUGCCCUGGUGGGCGGGGUCAACCUGCUGCUCAAGCCAAACACCUCGGUGCAGUUCAUGAAGCUGGGCAUGCUCAGUCCGGACGGAACCUGCAAGUCCUUUGACUCCUCAGGAAACGGGUACUGUCGUUCGGAGGCUGCGGUGGCGGUGCUGUUGACCAGACGCUCCAUGGCUAAGAGGGUGUACGCCACGGUACUCAACGCUGGUAACAACACUGACGGAUACAAGGAGCAGGGUGUGACGUUCCCUUCAGGUGAGAUGCAGCAACGGCUGGUACGUUCUCUCUACCAGGAGGUCAACAUCACGCCUGACCAGGUGGAGUACAUCGAGGCCCACGGCACCGGGACCAAGGUCGGCGACCCACAGGAAGUGAAUGGCAUUGUCAGUGUGUUCUGUCAAUCAAAGCGUGACCCACUGCUCAUUGGGUCCACCAAGUCCAACAUGGGCCACCCAGAGCCUGCCUCUGGCCUGGCUGCCCUGGCCAAGGUCGUGUUGUCUCUGGAGCGAGGUGUGUGGGCUCCCAACAUCCACUACAACAGCCCCAACACCGACAUCCCUGCCCUUAGUGAUGGCCGCCUCCGCGUCGUCAACGAGCCCAUACCAGUCCGUGGUGGCAUCGUUGGCAUCAACUCCUUCGGAUUUGGAGGCUCCAACGUUCAUGUGAUCCUCCGCCCCCCUUGUUUUGACAUCCCAAAAAACGUCAAAGCGCCCCCCAAGACCCCCUCUGAGUCCUCCCCAGUACCCAGGCUCCUCCAGGCCUGCGGGCGCACAGAGGAGGCUGUCUCUGCCCUCCUCAGCAAGGGGAAGGAACACUCGGGCGACAACAAUUUCCUGUGUCUGCUGAACGAGGUGUCCGGGGUGCCCACAGCGGGGAUGCCCUACAGGGGCUACGCUCUGAUUGGCUCCAAGGAUGAUGUCACAGAGGUGCAGAAGACUGAGGCCACGCCCAGACCGCUGUGGUACAUCUGCUCAGGUAUGGGCACCCAGUGGGGUGGGAUGGGCCGCAGUCUGAUGCAGCUGCCAGAGUUCCGGGAGUCCAUCUUGCGUUCGGACAAAGCAUUGAAGGUCACGGGGAUGUGUGUGUCCAGUCUGCUCAUGGAGGCCGAUGAGAGCACCUUCGAGGACACCGUCCAAGCCUUCGUAGGCCUCGCUGCCAUACAGAUCGCCCAGAUUGACCUGCUCCAGAAGCUGGGUCUGCAGCCGGACGGCAUUGUGGGCCACAGUGUUGGAGAGCUGGCCUGUGGCUAUGCAGACGGAUCCCUCAGUCACAGUGAGGCUAUCCUGGCAGCCUACUGGAGAGGGAGGUCCAUUAACGAGGCUAACCUGCCCCCCGGUGGCAUGGCUGCAGUCGGGCUGACCUGGGAAGAGUGUAAGGCACAAUGUCCUCAGGGUGUGGUUCCAGCCUGUCACAAUGCUGAAGACACUGUCACCAUAUCUGGCCCUGCGGAGGCAGUGAGUAAGUUUGUAGCAGAGCUGAAGGACAGUGGUGUGUUUGCCAAGGAGGUUCGUAGUGCUGGUGUAGCCUUCCAUUCUUACUACAUGGCCUCCAUCGCUCCCGCCCUGCUGGCCGCUCUCAAGAGGGUGAUCAAGGAGCCUAAACAGAGGUCUGCCAGGUGGAUCAGUACAUCUAUCCCCCAGAAGGACUGGGACAGCCCGCUAGCUCUGUACUCCUCAGCAGAGUACCAUUGUAAUAACCUGGUCAGUCCUGUCCUCUUCCAAGAGGGCCUGAGCCUGGUGCCUGAUAACGCUGUGGUGGUGGAGAUAGCACCACACGCUCUGCUACAGGCGAUCCUGAAGCGCAGCCUGAAGCCCACAUGUUCCAUCCUGCCCCUGAUGAGGAGAGGCCAUGCCAACAACCUGGAGUUCUUCCUCUCUCACAUUGGCAAGGUCUACAUGAACGGGUCAGGACCUGUUACUGACACACCACGCCUCUGAUGAUGUCAUCAUUAUGCAACUGAUGCUGUUCUAUUCUCCAAACCUAAUUCAGCUU